AUGUCCGAAAGCGUAUCCCGGCGCGCAGUAGGCCGAGGCACCGUGGCGGGAGGAUGGGACACGCGCGACUCGAGGUCGUUGGGCGCGUCUCUCUGUAUUCAAGCGUGGAUGGCAAAGGACGGCGGCGACAUGGAUGCCGAUGGCGCAUCUGUUCCCAAGUAUAGCGAGGGCGGCGAUGUGCAGCGGCGGUUGGUUGUCGGGGCCAAGACGGGCCUGAGGGGAGGCGGAGGAGUGGCAGUGGGAGGUAGCGGCGGGUGGGCGACCAAGCAAUUGUAA